AUGGCGUCCCCCAAGGAUGGUGCUGGCCACGGUCUGGGUCUAUGCCUUCUUUCUCUGGAUGGUGGGGGAGUACGUGGGCUUUCAUCGCUGUUGAUCUUGAAGAAGCUCAUGGAGGGGUUGGAUCCUGAUGACCCCCCGAAGCCAUGCGACUAUUUCGAUCUGAUUGGAGGGACAUCCACGGGCGGCUUGAUCGCGAUUAUGCUCGGACGACUGAGAAUGGACGUGGACCAAUGCAUCGAGGCAUAUAAAAUAUUGUCACCGGCGAUUUUCACAAAGCUGCAUCACCGUGUGAACGUUCAUGGUCGCAUACAGGGCCGCUUCGACCAUGGGGCGCUCGAGAGGGGUAUCAAAGAAAUACUGAUUAAGCAUGGCUUUGCUAAGGAUGAAUUGUUCAAAGAGAAGUCACCCGUUUGUAGAACUUUUGUUUGUGCAACAAGCAGACAAACCUCGGAUACUGUCGUACUCUCCAGUUACUACUCCGAGAGGCGAGGUAAUGACCUCCGAAACAUCGCGAAGAUCUGGGAGGUGGCCAGGGCCACUUCUGCAGCCACAUCCUUUUUCGACCCGAUCCAGAUCGGUGGAGAAGGCUUUGUCGAUGGUGCAACUGGGGCCAACAACCCGAUCAACGAAAUCUGGACCGAAGCUUCAGACAUCUGGAGUGAAGGCCGUGGUUGGAAACUUGAGGACAAUCUCAAGUGUCUCGUUUCUAUCGGUACGGGCAAGUUGCAACUAAAGGCAUUUGGCGACUCAAUCCUGAAGAACGAGAUCGGCGAGGCCUUGGUCGCAAUAACUACAAAUACCGAGGCGAUUGCCGAUACAUUCGAAAAGCAAAACACACAUCUGUAUCAACAUGGACAAGCAUUCCGUUUCAAUGUUGAACAAGGUCUGGAAUUGGUCGGCUUGGAACAGGCAGACAAGCUGGACGAGAUUCAGGCAGUAACGAGAAGGUACAUUCAAACGGAAAAGACUUUUGUCUCCUUGAAAACUGCAGUGACAAGAUUGAAGGAGCGAGCUUGGAUCCAUACUCUUUUUGAUCGAAUUCAAGAAGCAUCCAUCCUUGCUCUAGAGAUGCAACGAAAAGCAUGUGACUUUACUGAAGGAUCAUCUCUCGAAUGGUUCCUUCAUACUUCUCAUUACAAUUCCUGGCUUCACCAUGGCGGUGUUCUCUGGUACAAGAAGCCCUCGGCCCUGGAUAGCCCUACAGCAUCGCCUCAUGUCGUGCUGGAAUCAGCGGCUUACUGCGGUCUUUCUCAAGACAUCGACACCCGUGUACUAUACUUCCACUGCUGUGCCGACAGCAAAGGCACCACAAACAGCGGCAAGGGAAGCAUGUCGCAUACGGCAGCAACCACUGUGGCAGAAAUCCUUUCCUCUCUCACCUUCCAAGCACUCGAUUCGGAUGAUCUUGAAGCCGGGGACAUCGAAGCUUGGAUCAAGGGACUCAACAUGGGCGAUCAGCAAGUUAUGAGGAAUCUACUAAUGCAGUCCAAGUCUCCCCUCCUAAAGCCUCUCUUCAAGGCUUUUGAACUGUCGUUGACCUUCGCUAGGAGAAACACCAUUGUUGCUCUUCAAAAUGCAGAAAACAUCGAUCCUUCACGAGCCAAAUGCCUGCAAACGAUGGACUUUGAGGCUCAGCAUGUUCGACUUGAGCAGAUCGCCGCCGCCGACUCUGGCACGACCGACUGGCUUUGGUGCCAUCGUAAGUAUUUGGGCUGGCAGCAUAGUCAAGCAGCUAUUCUCUGGGUGGAGGGUAAGCCUGGAAGCGGUAAAUCAGUGCUUGCCAAAGCCAUACUGCGACAACUUGCAACGGAAACAGACCAAAAGCAGGCCUGGAUCAUUGGACACUGGUUUUAUAGCACAAGAGGAGGCGAAAAACUCAUUUCACAUGAAUCUUUACUGUUGUCUAUUCUUCAGCAACUGCUGAAACAGGACAAAUCCAUCUUUCCCUCGUUUGAAGAGUCCUACAGACGAAGUUCGCCAGGGUCGAAGCAGUGGUGGACUUCGAAUGCGGAGCUGAUCAAUAUAUUUGACAACAUUGCACAUACUGGUGCCAGUGUCACCUGCAUCAUCGACGCAAUGGAUGAAUCCCAGGACAAUCCAGAUUAUGACAAUUCCCGAGAAGCUAUCUUGACCGGACUGAGCCGUAUGGUAUCUGAUGUGGAAAAGUCCAGAAUCAAAUUGAUCAUUCUCAGUCGACCUUUCCUGGACAUUGAUGUGGUCCUGUCACAGCACCAAUCCCGGUAUGGAAAUGUUUAUAAGCUCGUUCUGGAACUUGAGAACAUGGCCGCCAUCGCGAAGCUCGUGGAUAAUGGUAUGCUCUCUAUUCGCAACACUAUGCGACGAUUCGAUAUUGGAAACGAGAAAUCUCCCUCACGGGGAGUUAUCCGAAUGCGAAAUCGACCAAACAUCAACACCGAACAGAAGGUUUUGUCGCCAAUUGGCCAGGGAGAUCGAGACGCGGGUUAUGAGGGUAUGCGAAAAUACAUAUUUCAAAACGCCCAAGGAGUUGUUCUGUGGGUCAAACUCAUCGUCACAGUGCUUGAGCGGCGAGCGAGACAAGGUCUUUGCUCUUUCUCCGAGCUAGAGCUUGUUCUAAGGAAGCUCCCCUUGGAGAUUGACACUAUGUACCGUCACAUGAUCCAAGACCUGCGCGACAGACUGGGUGAAGACGGUUUGCGGAAGACCCGCGACGCGUUAAUGUGGAUCAGUGGUGCCAACCUGAUGCGUCCGUUCACUCUCGAGCAAUUACGUGAAGCUCUUGCAGUGCCGAGUCGUUUCGACGCGAGUUCUCUCACCCAUGGUGACCCCAUCGAAAGGAAUAGAAUUCCAUGUGCCCAUUGGACAAGCUUCGUGCGUCAGCUCCGCCAUCGAUGUGGUGCUUUUAUUGAGGUGAUCAGGGCUGAGGAAGAAAAGCUUGAUCCCCCUCUACCUUGCCUCAAUUUGAGACCAACCACGUUGAAUCAGUUGGAGGAGAAAGAUUCGGAAGAGGAUGAAUAUUACAAGGCCAACGAUGUAGUUCAACUGCUACACCGGACGGCAAAAGACUUUUUCGCUUCCAAGGAAGGAGCAGGGCUAUUGGCGUUCACGGAGCGGGAAGCAUCCAGAUUUGUGCAAGAAGGGAUGCUGACUUACCUCAAAGUCUCGUUUCCAGACUUCGAGACGCCUUACUCUCCGUUACCGGUGAAAGAAGGAAGUGACCUGCUCAAAAAUAUUGACAAUACUGUCCAGUACCUGGAAGAUCGUUGUCUACUUCCGUUCAUCAUGGCUGUGGAACCAUACUCGAAGCCUGAGGAUCUCUACCUUUUUGGACCUUAUGUUGAUGUCCUAGACAACCUCACUUAUCCAGCCUUGGAUAACUUGACCGCAACUCAGUUUCUCGAAUCCCAUAGAGGACGUUGGCGUUUUCUACCUCAUCGACUUCUGUACGGAGACCUUUACGAAGCUAGGUCCAUCAUUGCCGGAGAGUUUACCUAUUGCGCGUGCUCUAAGGGCAUGAAGUCUGCUGUUGAGGCUCUCUUUGGUCUGAUGGCGCUUACGAUGGUCUGGCACCAAAUUCCAGCUGAGGCUAUGAUUCAUGCCUACUGUCUGGUAGCAGUGGAACAACAGCACGUCUCGUACGCCUUGGAGUCUCCCUCUGUCUUCUUUCCACCCAUCAUCCAGCAGGUUGUUGACGAACUCAAAGAGCAAAAGCCUAUAAAAUUGAGGGAACCUAGAGUGGGUAACGACUCAAGCGCGGGGAAAUCGUCAACCUUGAGUGGUUCCAGCAGUGCCAAACAAUCAAGCACCUUCUUGAAGCUGUUUACUCGUAAGAAAGAUGAUGAUCGCUCCCUGAAGGUCGAGGAGGUUCGAUCUAUCUCUUCACCACCAGUCUUUCGAGGGCCUUCUAACCCCGACUAUCACCAGGUUACUUCAAACAGAUCGGGACGACAGAGUUAUGACAAGAGCAGCAUUCGGUCGUUUGCAUUAAGCACCUUGGAAAUUGCAGCGGUUCAGACUGGAAAUUGGAAAUUGAUUACCUUACUCUAUUGCGCGAGAUAUCGCACUGCCCUACGCGGCCUUUCACCGUAUGUGGGUAGGGGCAAAGGUGUUUUCGACAAAGUACCAGUGAAACGCAAACGCGACCGGCGUUCCCAUGCCCCGCCACCGCGCGAGUACUCUCGGUGGCUCAAAGCAGAGGAAGACGCCUCUAACACAGGCAGUGGAGGCCUCAUACGCGAUCGUGGAAGAGCACCUGCCUCACAAACCAAUUCAAGUUCUAGCUCUAGGUCGAACGACAACCUAUUUCCCCGAGCUUGUCAGUAUCACCCUCCAGAGUUCAUAUUUGAACGUCCGCUCAACCAUGCCUUAUUCAAAGUCACAACGAAGUGGAGUCCACAUUUCGUAACCUACGAACAUCUUGAGCCCGUCCAGAGCAAGCCCUCUCUGUUGGUCACGGAAUAUAGCGAUCGCGAGUCUGGCCUUGAAUGGUAUGACGAUUCUCUGCGGUUGGUCGUGAGGAGGUCUGAUCUCUUCUCGUCCAAUUACGAUGAUUACUAUUAUCCCGCCUCGCUUGUCUAUGGAGUUGCCUGUGAGCCAGAAGACCGAUUUUCCGUGAAAUUUGUGAGCAAACUCAUCCGAGAGACCAUCACACGAGCGAAGUCCCGACGCAACGCCAGAGUCCGGGAUGAUCCUGAUGGCGCCAUUCUGCGUGCUUUGGCCACCACUAGAGAUUACUGCGUUUUGUGGUGGCGUCGCUGGGGCUAUUCGGCAGCGUCUCCUCGGGUGGUGGAGUACCCGCCAGCCAGGCGACGCGCCGAUGGAGCAAUAGUGUCCAGCUCGAGAUUUUUCGAUCAUGAAGCGGACACCAGGGAACAGCUUGAUGCCUUACUGGAAGAAGCCGAACUCACCGAGGUGUUUGGGAAGGUUUGUAAAUGUGCUCAAGAAAUAAAUAAGUCGAUCGUUCUAACCAUUCACCAGCAUUAA